CUACCACAUUAAUAGGGAUCUUUCACCCCAGGCCAGCGGGAAUUGAGCAAGCCAUUAAAUCAGCUUACUCUAUCUCUCCUUCGAACCUUGCCCAAAUCAUCUAGCGAACGAAGCUUAACCCGGUAACCUUGGCGCGAUUCAUUGCCAUAGUCAAAGUAAUAUGCCUGCCAUUCGUCAUGCGUCAAAGCGAAAGCCUCCUCCAGAGGGGUUCAGCGACAUCGAGGAUGAUCUUCUCAUCUUUGCCAACAAGAUGAAAGACGCGCAAAACACCCCUACAGAUAACAUCCCUAAACAUAAGGCACAAUGGCCAAUAUUCCAAAUCGCCCACCAGAGGAGUCGAUACGUCUACGAGCUCUACUACGAGAAGGAGGCUAUAUCGAAGCAGCUAUACGACUGGCUGCUGAAGAACGGAUAUGCAGAUCCCAUGUUGAUCGCAAAAUGGAAGAAGCAAGGCUAUGAAAAGCUAUGCUGCCUCAGAUGCGUGCAGACCAAGGAGACCAAUUUCAGCUCCACAUGUAUCUGCAGGGUACCAAAGGCACAGCUGAAGGAAGAGAGGGAUAUUGAGUGUGUCAACUGUGGUUGUCAUGGCUGUGCAUCCAGUGACUGAGUGAGGGUUUACUUAUAUUCGGCUUCAAUCAAACUGAUACAUGCUCAGGCUAUCCGUCAGGAAGAAAGCCAGCAUAUCGCAGUUUGGGAGGCGAGAGCAGACCGACCAAGGCUGGAGCGCUUUCCCGACCCGACGACUGGAGAAAAACGAAUUUGCAGGAUUAUGGUCCAGCUCUUAGACUGUCGAAUUGUCGUUAUGCGGUAGUGCCAUUGUGAUUUGUGGUUCUAUACAGGUGGUGGUCUGGGGCUAGGCGAUCUCGUGAAGCCCCUGCGACCUGAUCGACCAAACGUAAUGGAUCGAGGGACAAGUUUCAGCGCCGACAUGCUACCUGUCAGGGAUGCGGCGUCUUUCAUUUCGAUAUCUUUCUCGGUAGGGUGCGUCUCUGCCGGCUCGAGGACCACAACUCCCUCUGAAACAUUCGUGGCCAUUAUCUGGUUGCUGUGGUCGUCAAGCUGCUUUUCUGAGUCCAAAGGUGCACCAUUUCGCAAAUCCUGCCUGUCGGGUUUUGGCUUUGGUCGACGCUGUUGUGCGUUGAUGUCGCACAAAAGAGACUGUCUUCCAUCAAUGCCAUAUCUGACGACAUCAAAGAAGAAGUUCGACGGGUACAUAUGCUUAUCUAUGAGAUGCCGACGCCGCUUCGACGGGUCUCUACACUUUCUGUCGCAACCUUCGACAAAACAUGAGUACUAAACACAUUUGUCAGUUUGUGUCCAAGUAUUGGCUUAUGGUAGCCGGGACGAGUAUGGAAACGAACUGUGUGAUCUCCCUUCUCCCUCCUCGCAGCAAGGAAAGCAUCAUGGCAUUCUUCGAUGUGGAUGCUGAGUAGGUGAUCUGAAGGGAGGUUUUUCUUGCACUCGUGGCAACGAUUCACGUGCUGCUUGUUGUAGUGUGCGUGAUAAUCAUCGUAAUCACGAAAUACCACCGGCUGGGGAUGCAGUGUGCAUCGAAACGGGCUGGCUGCGCCGUUUUCUCCGUCGCAAUCCAGCUCCCGGAUUUUGGGACUAGGGGCGUCAGGGUCUCUGUGAUGAGGCUCAGGAGGUGACGGGUUGGAAAUCGAGUCUUCGGGCUCGCGUGAGCGUUUCAUAGCUUUAGUCACCUCUAUGACCUGAUAAAGAAAUGGUAGUAUUAUGUGGACCCCGAUUGUUGCUGUGGUCAGCUGGUAAUGGUGAAAAGUCGUACAAGGGGUGUUUGUUUGUUUGUUUUGUUGAUGUGUAUACUCUGUGCGCAGCCGUGACUAACCAGGAACCCGAAGCGUCCUCGAAAAGGCUAAUGCAUGCGCUGCGAAAGUUUACAAAUGGGAAUUCCGUACAGUAAUGUGCCAAAGUGGGACAGAUUCGAAGAUCCAGGAUGAUCCGAAAUUGCCAACAAAGUCUUGCAAGGGGUAAAAAAAAGAGAAUCUAGAAUAGGAUGAAUAUUCCGAUCACUGUUGGUUGGUUUGAAAUGACUGGAUGAUUGAAAGCCCGUUACCUGCUCUGCUCUAGUUUAGGGAAGGGGACGCUAUAUGAGUUAUCUAUAGCGGCUUCAGCAGCACCGUGC